UAGGGGCUGCCGGCGAGGACAGCAAUCCAGGGCUGCGCCGUCACUUCUGCACCACCUCUGCCUCUUGCAGCCUUCCUAUUUGUCUUCAGUAAAUUAUAUGAGAGUUCAGAAAUUACAUUGUGGAGGUCAUUUGUUUGGAGAGGAAAACGUCCAAAUCUGACUCAUCAGGCAGAGAGAGAGAAGGUGCUGUCUCGGCUUACACGUCCAGGCUCAGUGCUGUUUCUCAACCUCCACACAGAGCCCAGGUGCCAUGGAGGAUGCUGGUGAGCAAGCCCGCUGGAUUUCCCCGGCUCUGAUUGGACAAGAAGCUUUAACAUCUUUUUCUGAACCGAACCUUCUGCAGCCCACUGAAGAGCCUGAAUCUUUCUACAAUGGAUCUGAUUCAGACUUCACAUCGCUGCCUUCCUAUUUUAGCAAUCCAGUGUCCAGUCGAUCAGGAGGAGCAUACCGUCACUCACCCGUGAGACCGGUCUAUUCGUCGCCCAUCCUCAACAAUCUGCAGUGGCUGGAGAGUGGUACCCAUACUCUGACAUCCCCGUACAGCUCCAACUGGUCAAUGACCUCCUUCAGCAAAAUUCCAAUCCACCCUCAGCAUUCCAGUUCUAUCUAUCCUGCCACCUCCUCUACACAACUGUACAGUCCACCCAAAGACAUCAUGCCCUCUCCAGACCGAGAGGAUAAAGACAGCCCAAGGCUGCAAGAGGCCUUGAAGACAGAGCGGGCCAGCCCUGGAAGCAGCAGUAGUUUUCUGAAUCUUGGCCUCAGCAGCAGCUCAAUGCAUUCACAUGGUUUGGGGCCUUACGCCACAUACCCUACCUCGCCUCAGGACUACAGUGGAACAGGAAUGUACUCCAGCACAGUGGGGCUCUUCUCUCCUAGCUUCUCCCCCAAAAUGCGCAACAAAAUGCGACUUUCUCCUCCUGAGGCCAGGGAGUGUGUGAACUGUGGAGCAACUGCUACCCCACUAUGGCGGCGAGAUGGAACUGGACACUACCUCUGCAAUGCCUGUGGUCUCUAUCACAAGAUGAAUGGACAGAACAGACCCCUCAUCCGGCCCAAAAAAAGACUGCAGAUUGUAAGCAAGCGAGCUGGCACCCAGUGUGCUAACUGCCACACAAAUACCACGACACUGUGGAGACGCAAUUCCAACGGGGAACCAGUGUGCAAUGCCUGUGGCCUCUACUUCAAGCUUCAUAAUGUGAACAGACCUCUCACUAUGAAGAAGGAAGGAAUUCAAACACGAAACCGCAAAGUCUCCAGCAAGUCGAAGAAGGCCAAGAAAUCAGUAGAGAGCUUCCCUGAGUAUGCCAAGAUGCACUAUGAUGAAUCUGGCCCUUACCCUCUGAGUCCAUCCUCCCUGCCUGCUCACAUGACACCUAUCAGUCACAUGCUUCCCUUCAGCCAUUCUCCACAUCUUCUUACAUCGUCCCCAUCUUCCUUACAUACCAGCACUGGACUGUCAUAUGGGCAUCAUGGCCCAUCUGGAAUGGUGCCCACCUUGGUAUAGUAAUCUGCACAAACUUUCAGGGUUUAAACUGAUCAUUUGAUUAUUUGAGCUAAUUUACAGGGAAGGGUCAUUGCUCAAAACAUGCUGUGGCCAAGUACUGCAAUGCUGAUAUGGACGUUCUGCUCUGACAGCUGCACCCUGAUAGCUGGCAGGAUCUUAUUGAGCUUGGUGCCCCCCACCAACUCUUCUUAGGCCUAAGAUGAGAGAGUCCAUUGAGUCUUCUCGGGCUGUUUUUGAUGUUUUGGGAACCACUCUGUGGAGUUUUUUAUUUUGGUAUGUGUUGAAAAACAGACCAUGAGCAAUUUGAUGUGUAAAGUGUAACCAAGAGAAAAGUAAAUUAUAUGAUGAAACGGCCUAAACAUUCUACUCUGCUUCUGAAGCUGUCUCUUUGUUUUGGUGAGAAGAACAAGGAUUGCGGGUAAAAUGCUAACCUCAUGUUUGACCUUCUUUGUGAUUUAUAUUUUUGUUAAAUAAGUAAAAAGGAAUAAAAGAUUAAAAA